UGACUCUCCAUAAUCGAGCUCAGGAAAGGAAUGACAUCUGUCGCUCAGAUCACCAUGGUUCUUCCUCGCCGAUGAGCCUGCACAAAUCCUGAGUCGAAAGUCCACUUGCUUUGGAUCACUUGUCACAGAUGAUCAAAUGUUGAUCAUCAGUUUCUAUCAUUUGUGCGAUACAUGUCUUGAAAUAAUGAGCACGAGUACCGUAGUAGCAUCAUGCAAUCAUACGAGUGAGGUUCAGACGACAUUUCCAGCUUGUUGAAAUGAAGCUGAACUGAAAUAUUUUUUAUUGUGCUGUGGUGCAAGCUUUUGUACAAGGGCAAAGCAGCUCAUACAGCUCCAGGACGUGCAAGGAGACGUUAUCAGUGGUACCUGAUAUAUUUUAUGGUAGUAGCUUUGAAAGUGUUCACAUCAAGAUCUGCACGUGAUCUUGAAGUUACUCAACGCGAAUGUUAAAGGCUCCAUCUGUCGCAUAUCAUCACUGACUGCUAACAAUGAAUUCAACAAUGACGAACGAGUCUCUCUGUUUAUUUAGCUCGAGAUCAUGUUCACCAUCAUGCAGCAUUUGUCUUGACCCGUGGCCAUGUGUCAGGUCCUCAUUAAGCAGAAAGCUGAUGCACAUCGCACACUAACCGGGGAAAAGCUAUUUAUUUCCAAUCCUUUUCAGGAGAAAUGGAACGAACAUGGACUGGGGUUUAUUCGUCCGGAAGCGCUUCGAUUACCAUUGGCUGGUCCGACUCAAAUUUGAGGAUUGCAAAACUGCAGCUCCCGAAUCCUCUUCAAGCUGAAUGUCUGCACUGCAAUUCUCAGAAGUAACAGUGGAGCCUGUCAGCGACUGUGAAGGAAUAGAUGCGGAGCUCUGACUCAUGUCUCCACACGUAUCGCAAAUGUAAUCACUGUUCUGAAGAAUACAACAGAGCCUGAGAGAAAUCCGGCAAUGGCGAGGCCAUGUAUGGAUGGGUGUCGAGAUUGGGAGGUUCCAUUUGGGUGCUCUCCGGGAGCUAAUGUGUUCUGACAGAAGCCCACCGAUUCUGUUCGUCUUGGGAAAGAUUCCUAUAACUUGACAGUAGAGAGAGAUUUAGAGAGAUAGAGAGAUUUGAGUGGCGCUGACAGAUACCGACACCGAACUGAGCCGCAUUGGGCGAAAGCUGUCGAGAGGAGUAGUACGCUAUGCAGCUGAUAAUCUCAUCGGCCAGCAAUGGCGAGGGUUUGUACGGGUGGGUUGUAUCGGGGCAUGGAGUCCAACGGAAGUCGAAGCGAUCUCUGUGUCGCUUGCUGCCCUCUGUAGUUCCCGUGUGUGCCGCCAGGAAGGAUGACUCGGAGAAGGAAGCAGAAAUCAGCUAUGCUCGAGCAGCUAGGCCCCUUCCCAUUCGUCUGGUGAUGGUCAGGAAAAAUUUCGACACUGGAGUCGAGAGUGUCGUGAACAACUAUGCAUCCAAGGUCAAGAGAUACUGCUCUUUCGAAGAUGUUCAGAUCAAAUCCAACCCGAAGAAUACCAGUGAUGUUGUUGCGCAAGUGGAAGCCGAGGGUGAACGCGUGCUGAAGGCCAUAUCCCCGAGAGACUGGGUUAUACUUCUCGAUGAGCGUGGCCGAGAUGUGACAUCAGAGCAGCUGGCCAGUUUGAUCGCAGAUGCAGGAGAUAGGGGAUCUUCAGCCUUGGUCUUCUGCAUAGGCGGACCUUACGGUCAUGGGUCUCAAGUUCGCAAAAGGGCAAAUGUCUCCAUAAAACUGUCAUCGAUGGUGCUGAACCAUCAAGUGGCCACGAUUGUUCUACUCGAGCAAAUUUACAGGGCCUGGACGAUACUUCGAGGGGAGAAAUACCACCACUAAAGCAGACCAGCUUGAUGACUUUGACACAAUUCUCAGCUUUGGGCAAGGCUUCGCAGUAGCCAGACGAUUCUCUCUCUGGUACUUGAGUGGGUGAGCUUUUAUUGACAGGUUCUGCUCCAACAAGUUGAAUGGUCACAAGGGGAGUAGACGUUUCAGCCGUCCUGACUUGAGCAGCAUGAAAAUCGCCAUAUCUACCAGGAUAAUUAAGGAUCAGGGAUUCCAGAGAGGCGAUUGCUUACUGCAGGUGUUUAAGAUGGAAUACUGAACUAUUUCUGCUGGACAUUGUCGCAGUUGUAGUUUCUCGCACAUUGCAGAAGUAAACGAUUUCUGCAUAAUACUCAUCCUCAGAUGCUCUGUCUCUCCGUCUCCUAUCUGGCUAUGGGUUUGGAGAAGGCAGUCACCAAAGAAAUCUGUUCCGAAUAUUUCGUGCGGUCGUUUCAAUACUUGCCACCACCACCACCUCCACAACCACCACGGGCUAGUCGGAAUCCUGAAGGCUCCUCCUGCAAGAGUCCAGCUGCAUUCAGGUCCCAGUAGACAACCGCAGCCUGCAUAGCCUCAACGUGCUCGAGACCUCUGAUUCCAUUCCCAGUGUCACGCUGACUUGAACAACUCGCUGUAACUCCAGCAAGACCGAUGUCGAGUGGCGAAAGAGCUUUGGGGCUUACGAGGCUCUAAGCACGUUUCCAGGUCAUUCAUUCUGUAUGCAGGAUCCUGCACCAUGUCUGUACUCGAUGGCUGUCAUGUCAUUCCCAUGAAAUCAAAGCCUGUGCCUGUACGACAACCAUCUCUAUUCCCAGCGAGGAAGAAGAUGUUGGAUUGCACAAAUCUUGCAUUCUCUGAUCAGAACAUGUUAUCUGAAGUCCACAAAACGUAACCCUUACGACAUAUAUAUACGAAUCUGAGACUGAAAAAUACA